AAAUCAUAAGCAUUAAGUUUCUUCCAUGACUCCUGAGCUGAGGUCAAGGGGCAAGAUUGACCAUAAAAGAAACCCAUCAAAGGCGUAAGCUUUCAAUUUUACCCAAUUCUCAUUCCUCUAGUACCCAAAGAAACAGAAGCCAAAAACAGACCCCUCAACCAAAACGUAAUCGGGUCUCCUCCAUUGUCAAAUUGUGAAUCACUCACAAGCACUACAUAACGGUCCUCAGAAUUCCACGCCUCUAAGCAAUCCAUAAGAUUAGUUCAAUCCCACCCAAGUCGCUCCCACGUUCCUUUCUUCCCUGAUUUCUCUGUCUCUCGCGAAAAAUCUCCCUGAUUAGGUUGGAUUUCAACCUCCUUCGAUCGCAUUCAUGCAACCUUUUUGGGAUUUUAUCUUAAAUAUGGAUUUCUUACAGGUGGUAAGUCCAUCUCUUGGAUGAAAAUUCAACGUGAGAAUCACAGUGUGCAUGAACUGCUCUGUUUUUGCUUCAAACUGAAAUAAAGUGAUCGAUGGAUUUCAGAGAAGUCUGUGCUAAAUCAACACCAACUUUGAUUUGGUGAACAUGGGUGGUUCUUCUGAUUGGAUUUUCAAAAAAGAGAUGUCUCCUCUUUCUGGGUCCUUCUCGGUUUUUGUCUCAUCCAUUUUGCACACUCUGUUCAGAUUUUUCAGCUCAAUCUUUGUCAGGUUUGAAAAAGAACAGAGUUCUCUGGUGAAUGAGUCUUGUUCUUCAAUUGAGCCAGCAGCUAUGCCCCAAAAAGUUGAGUCUGAGGUUUCAAAAAGCGAUGAUGAUUCGGAGUACUAUGAUGUUGAAGAUGAAAAAGAGACGCCGGAGCCAAGUUUUGUGUUCAAAUUUGAGUAUCAGACUAAAGCCGUGUUAGAAGCAAUGGAGAAAGUGAAUGCUUAUGGUCAUUCUUCUGUUGGAACCAACAAAGAGAGUGAGUUCCUACCCGAGAAAUUUAGCAGCAGAAGGUACGAGUUUCAAGCCAAAAAGAAUGUUAGUUUCUAUGAGGAAGAAGCGAAAGUUGCAAGCUUUGUUGUCAGAGAAGCACCUGCUGAUGACUCGAGUUGUGGUUCCAUGGUGAUUGAAAACGAGGGUGUUAAGCAAUUGGUUACAGAAGAAUGUGUUCAAGAAGAAGAAGCAAAAGUUGCGAGCUUUGUUGUCGAUGAAGAAUCUGCUGAUAAAUCAAAUUUUGGUUCCAUUGUGACCGGAAGUGAGAGUGUUAAGCAACUGGUCACAGAAGAUUGUGUUCAUGAAGACAUUCAAAAUCCUCAGGAUUCGAAGAAGAAACAAGUCGGGGAAGAUUCUCAUUCGGAUAAAGAGGAACAAUUGAAGUCUCAAGAACAUGACUUUGUGGAUGAGAAAGUUGCUUCUCAUGAAGAUAAGUUUCUGCAAGAAAAGGACUUUGUUUUAGUAGAAUCUGCUUCUGAUUCUGAUUCGGAUUCUCUUUGUUCAAGCCCUGAGCUUUCAUUUAUAGGUCAAUUUAGUGGUGAUGGGUUUUUGUUAGAAAGAGAUUUUGGGGAAAGGGUUGAAUUUGGUGCUUUGGAAGACAUCGAUUUGCAGAAUUUGGAUGUUGGGUAUGAGCCUGAUGGAUUUGAUGAAGAAGAUGAAGAUAUAAUGGAACAACUUAAAGAGUUAGAAGAGUCAACUAGGAAUGAUGAACAUCACAACCCAAAAGAGUCUAAACCUGAAGGAUUUACUGCCAAAGAUGAAAAACCAAAUGAGGGUUUAGAAAAUUCUGAACAGGUCAGUGGUCAAGAUAUGGCAGCUAAAGAUUCUGAGGAUCCGAACACAUUGGAGACACUGUGGGAACAUCAAGAAUUGAUAGAACAGUUGAAAAUGGAGCUCAAGAAAGUCCGGGUUUCUGGUCUGCCUACUAUCCUUGAAGAAUCCGAGUCUCCGAAUAUGGAGGAUUUGAAGCCAUGGAAGAUUGAUGAAAAAUACCAUCAUGUAGACAGAAUGAGUGUGCUUCACAAGUUCUACAAGACCUACAGAGAACGAUUGCGAAAAUUCGACAUUUUGAGUUACCAGAAGUUAUAUGCAAUAGGAUUUUUGCAGUCCAAGGACACGUUCGAAACCUUUUCAAGCUGCAAAUCCUCAACUCCAGCAAUCAAAUCCUUUCUUUUGCAGAACUUUGGGCUAUGCAAACCGAAGAAAAUUUCUAAUUCUGAUUCUGACCCAAUGGUUAAGUUCAUUAGAGAAUUGCAUAGUGAAUUGGAAGUGGUUUAUGUUGGACAGUUGUGCCUUUCUUGGGAAUUCCUUCAAUGGCAAUAUGAGAAGGCAUUGGAGCUUUGGGAAUAUGACGAAUUUGGAUUACGUUCGUAUAAUGAAGUUGCCGAGGAAUUUCAACAAUUUCAAGUGCUCAUGCAAAGAUUUGUGGAGAAUGAACGCUUUCAAGGGCCAAGGGUUGAAACCUAUGUCAAAAAUCGAUGUGUUAUGCGGAAUCUUAUGCAAAUUCCAGUGAUUAGGGAGGACAGUAUGAAGGAAAAAAAGAAAGCAAAGAGAAAAGGCAAAGACAAUGAUGAUGCAGUUGGAAGUGAUAUUCUAGUAGAGAUAUUGCAGGAAUCAAUAAGGACCAUUUGGCGAUUCAUACGAGCUGAUAAAUCAGCUAAUACAACGGAUGCUUGUCGAAAAAGAUUAAACUUGGAAGUUGAAGACUCCUUGGAUCCAAAGCUAUUAGUGGAAGUUCAAGCAGAUCUUCAAAAGAAAGAAAAGAAGCUUAAAGAGCUGUCCCGGAGUGAGAACUGCAUACUAAAGAGAUUCAAAAAGCACCAUGAAGAAGAAGAGGAAGAAGAGAGCGCAGAACACCUCUACUUCUUUUGUCAAGUUGACAUCAAAUUAGUGUCGAGGGUUUUAAACAUGUCAAGCAUAACAACUGAUCAACUAGUCUGGUGUCACAAUAAGCUAAGCAGGAUACAUAUUGUGAACCGAAAGAUUCGUGUAGAUCCUUCUUUCUUACUAUUUCCAUGUUAGUAAAGUUAGUCUUUUUGUC